AACACUUCAUUUAUUUCAAUGAAAAAGUACCUAGUUGUAUGUAAAAAUAUUAAGUAGAAAGAUGGAGUAUGGCUUUACCCGUAAUCGUAAUGAUGGAUGGAAUGAAAACUAUUAUGGAGAUGACUACUAUUAUGGAGAUGACUACUCUGGUGGCGGCAACUAUUAUGGGUGGCACGAUUAUGGUCAAACUAGAAGUCAUGGCAGAAUACCACCAGAUUUAAGGGGUCAGGGAUAUGGCCCAGAAGGACCAUCAUACCGGAGAGAAGAGAAUCCUGCAGGUUACUUGUCACGUUAUGGUGUUUCGAGACACAAUGCCGCUCGGCUACCGAAAGAAUUAACAAAUCUUUAUGGAAAUGAUAGCUGCGGACUUUGCGGCAUAGAAUUUACGUCUACAAAUAUGUUUCAGAUUCAUUACAUGAGCAGAAAUCAUUUUAAGCUUCAGAAGAAAUGGCUUUCUCAGUAUAAAGCAAGAUCACGUCGUGGUAAUAUGGAACCGUUAAGACCUCGUCGAUCGUACUGUGAACUGUGCGAUGUUGAGCUUACCUCCGAGACCACCGCAAAUUCGCAUUAUUUAGGGAAACAACACCGAUCCAUUGUGCUCGGACGUAAGCAAACGAAGAAUCCUAGCCUGCUUCGCGAGGACAUGAGGGAUCGGCUCGAGCGACUCAUUCGUCGCGAAAAGAGAUCCAUUAACUUCGCUGAAGAAGUAGAGGAAAAACCUGUUCAAGCGGACUUAUGUUGCCACAUAUGCAAGACAUCCGUGACUUGCCGUGAACAAUUGACCAUACAUUUAAAUGGUAAAAGACACCUAGCUAAGGAAAAGCAUCAUAUAUUAACGAUGAUGAAGGCCGCAAAUACGGAGAGAAAUGCACAAACUCCUGAAAUAUCUGAAGAAGAGGUUGAACGAGAAGAUGAGGACUGGGUCAGCGGCCGUGGAGACUGGGAUGAUGAUCCUCAAUAAAAGCAGUUUUCUUCUUGGUUGCUACUGCAAGAACUAUGAUUCUGAAACAUUAAUUAAUUGAAGUAAAAUAAUACCAUAUGAAUUCAUUCUAUAAAAUAAAGAUUUAAGUAAUUAA